UGCUGUACUGAGAGCGAGUGUUAUUCGUCGCGUUUGUUAAAGCUGGCGGAGCAUUCCUUAUCGCAUCUAACGUGCGCUGAAGUUUUACAUUCCCAUUGUUGUAUACAUAGUACCUCUGAUAUCAAAGUGAAUGAAAACGUGGAAGGAAACCUGGAAACCUGUGCGCUUUUUUAAAUGUUUUAUACUCAAUGAUCGCCAAAAACAUUAAUAUUUCGGUAUCAGAAAUACAGAGCGCAAGAGCACCAAAAAUAGUUACUUUUCCAACUAUUAAUCAGCCUCCACAAAUGUAUGUAUGUACUUAGUUAUAUUUCACAAGCGAAAGCUGCAAUCACAAAACACUUGGCGUUGGUUGGUGAUAUCGUGACGCACAUAAAUCACCAUUUAAGCAAAAACAAAAAAAAUACCAGCACGACAAAGGUAUUGCGUCAAUUUGAUGACACUGUCAACACUGCAACACUGAGAGGAGUAGCGGUAACAACAGAUCGCGGCUUGAACGAUGUUUUAACUACCGCUACUACUUAUAACCCACGCAGCAGCAACAACAAACAGCAUACAGAGAUUUUAAAAGUAGAACGAACAAUCCAUAAAGAAAUUCAUCUUGUCGACGGGUGCCACAAGCCAUUGUAGACGACUAUUCUGCUGCCACUGCAGCUAACUUCUCUGCCGAUAAAAUGCUCAGUGAGCGUUCGCUACUGUUUGCUUUCGGUGGCGGAUUCAAUUCAGUCGAUAAGCAGUCGAGCAGUAUUGGCUUUGAUCUGGCCACCACCACGCCUUCACCUGUAUUAGCCGCCACAGCAGCCGCUUACAUCUGUUUAGAGAAGGCCAAGAAGAAAAAACAACCAGCGCCAGCUACAGAAGCGGAUGUAACAACAGUGUCGACCGACGAAACACAACUUGACUCUUUGGACAACAAUGUCAUAAUGGAGUCGAGUAAAAAUAAUAAUAACUCCAACAGGAAGACAAAUAUCAAUAGUCACGGCAACACCAGCAAUAAUAUUGCGAAUACUUUGAUGAAUAGUCUCAGUGGCUCCUCUGGCAGUCUAAUAACAAACCCUAACAUGACAAAUAAUCAUCCUUAUCAACAGCAGACUCUUCAUCCCAAUUCCCAACAACACCAACCAGCAAACACACAAAAGCAACCCCAAAAAAACAUCUCCUCAACCAACAUCGGAAACGUGAAAAGAGAAGAAGUUAGUCCUGGUCCUUGUACUAAUGGUGAUCUUCAGUCGUCAGUGGUGAGAUCACGCAGCACUACACCUUCGUCAUUUCGAGGACCCUCGCCACAGCAAAUCUCGUCGGCGGAAAGCCUAAUUCCACUGUCUUCCCUCUUACGGAUACAGGCUACAUCUGUGGAGCGUCAUAAUUCAAAUGUUAUUGGUCCCAACAUGGAUACAAUAAAUGUAAACACAACCGCGCAUCCCCCAGAGUUUUCAACGCGCAACUAUUCCGAUAUUAUGCGCAGUUUAGCCGCUAAAUAUAAUGAUUCCAGCCCGACUAACUCUUCUUCGACUCGGCGUAAUACAUAUUUUGAGGCUUCUGCGUCAACUCCUCCCGCUCCGGUUAUCAACAAAACUAUUAACCAACAAACAGGAAAUAGUAAAUCGGCUGUUGUUGUAGCGUUGCCAAAUGCGAUGCCAAAAGAAGACACACAGCCACAACUGCUACCAAGAUUAUCAAUGUCGCCGGGAGAAGUAGCGGUCGCAGCGGCUGCAGCUUCCUUCUUGAGCAAUCUUCCGUUCUCACAAAGUGUGUGUCCGCCGCCAUUGAUCGACAUGAGCAGCACACAAGCAUUAGUUACAUUGGCACGAGCAGCCAAGGAAGCAGAGAUUCAGGCCAUACUUCGAUGCCCCCAGCAAAACGUCAAGUCAAUAAAUUCCACCUCCAUUUUGCCGCAUCCCAAUCUUGCUGUUGCGUUACAACAGGCCGCACAAUUUGUAUCGCCCGCGCUCAUGUAUUCGGCUCAACUGCAACAGCAGCGUGGGACGCAAUCUGCACGCCUGCCUAGUCCCUUGCAAAAACUUAAUAAUAUUUCAACCACCAACUCAACUAGUGAUCCUGCAUCUAAAAACAAAACAACCGGGGCAACGAAUGCGGUGACAGUUCCGCUUGACCUGAGUUCUCAACCACCAGCGGCCAAACGAUUUAAAGUGGAAUUAAAUACUGUUGGCAGCAGUAUUGAAUCGGAUGACUUAAAGAUAUCCAUUGGAAGUCCUCCCCCCUUAACUAUUGCAGAAAAGAAUUUGUUAUUUCGCUCAAGCAAUGCGAUACAAAGACGACUAGGGUCGCAUACACCUGAACAAUUAAGCGAUGUUGGCUUGAGUGUCUCACCAGCACUCGCGACCCAAAAGCCAUCUGUUACGACGCCCCAAUGUCGGGCUCAUAGUGAAGAGGUAGCCCAGUGGACCGUUGAAGAUGUUUGUGCUUUUGUAGGUGAAAUUGAUAUUUGCGCUGAUUACGUGAAGCACUUUCGUGAUCAAUGCAUCGAUGGCAGCGGGUUGCCUCUGCUCACCGAGGAUCAUUUGCUGAAUGCGUUGGGCAUGAAGUUAGGGCCUGCGUUAAAAUUACGUUCGAUGCUGGCGAAAAAGCUAGGCGGACCCUGCCCGUGUGUCGCAUGCCUUACGCAGGCACGGCAAGUGCUAGCUUUGCAAACGGCGACCAAGACGGACGCAGCAAGCCCUCGAGGCACAACGUCAGCAGCAGCAGAAUCAUCGACAGAAUCUGGAAGUACUACCGGCAUCUCCGAUACAAAUCACAAAGAAAAGCAAAACCAAGAAGAGAAGAGGCAAGAAGGCCCAACGCAACAACAACAACACGUAAAGGAACAGCGCCAAGCGAGUUUCUGCAGCAAUAAUGAUAGCAGCAGUAGCUGUGCCGCCCUCACGCUACAAAUAUGCGCAAAUAUUUAUAAAAGUGAUGCGAACAGUAACAAUCCCAUUGAAAAGAAAACAAAUAAUGAGAAUGAGACCAGUGGACCUAGAAUUCCGAACAAAGUGACUGGCGGCAACACUGAUACUGAUACUAUUGAACCAAUAGAAAAUAAAGACUGUAAAAGUAGCAGCAGAUGUGUCGGUAACAGCAACACAAACAACGGAAGAAGUUUACAACGAACCGGAAGUGGUGACAUCCCGGACGUUGGUAGUUAGCUUUCGUUUUUAUAGCCGAAUAUAUUUUGUUUUUUUUUUUGUAUGUUUUAGUAUCCUUCAUUAGAUAUAAGGCAAAAUCCAAAAAUCAAACUUAUACAUAUUUAUGUACUUACAUACAUACUUGGGUUUUGUUUUAUCCCGGCAAAUUAUUUGCUCUAUUCGAGUUUCAUUUUCUAUGAACUUUUUUUUUUAUAUUUAAGGCAGUCGUCACAUUCAUAUAUCGUCACCUGAAAUGCAAAC